AUGGAGAAAUGGGACAUCCCCCAGUUCAAGUAUAAGUCAUUGCCGAGGAACGCCAUUCGUGAUGAAUGGGUGAAAUAUAAGCGAAAUUUUGGUUAUAUUAUAUCGGCUACGAAUGAAACAGACAAAAUGCGCAUGCGGAAUAUUUUGCUGGCAAAGGGUGGCCCAGAGCUCCAAGAGGUAUUUGCGUCCAGACCAGGUGCUGAUGUGACUGAGGAUACCGAGAAAACAAUCGAUCCAUACGCAGUCCCCAUAGAAAAAUUGGAUGCGUACUUCUCACCAAAACAACAUGAUGCGUUCGAACGAAAUAGGUUCUGGCUUCUGAAGCCGAAUCCGGAGGAAACGCUGGAGAAAUUCAUGCUCCGCUGGCAGGACCAAGCAAAUAAAUGCAAUUUCGGGAAAUCAGCCGAAGAAAGCAGAUCAAUCAGCGUGAUCGACAAAGUGAUUCUUUUCGCACCAAGUGAGCUUAAGGAACAAUUACUCCAACGUGAUUCAUUGUGUCUUGAUGAAGUUACCAAAAUUGUAACCACAUAUGAAUCCGUAAAACAGCAGCAUACGGAAAUAUCAACAGGAUUCAGCAAUCAAAUGCAAAAGAAUGCACGCGAUGUGGUCGUAAAGGAUAUUUUGGUACUGACGUUUCCUGCCCUGCCAAAGGAAAAGAGUCGGAAAUAUGAUGGACCGUUUCGUAGUGGCAAACGCUUCCAAACUGAUCGUAUCAACAAAGUCGAGGUUCACAGAGGUGAUGACCACAAAGAAGGCGUAUGUUCGGACAAUAAUUUCAUUUUCCGUAUCAGUGACGGUGACGAACUACUCUGGUUGAAAGUAGGAGAUGUGCUGCUGCAAGUUUUAGUUGACUCUGGAUGCAAAAAAAACAUAAUCGAUGAGAAAACGUGGAAAUACCUUAAGGCUAACUGCGCUAUAGUUUGGAAUCAACAAAAGAAGUAUGACGAGGUUUUCUUACCAUACGGCGAUCAAGCGAAGCCGUUAAUGGUACUAGGCAAGUUUGAAACAUUAGUACAUAUUGAAGACGCGGGUCGUACUUACGAGAAGGACGCCACAUUCUACGUAGUAAAAGGUGGACAGCAAUGUUUACUAGAUCGGACAACUGCCACACAUCUAGGAGUGUUGUUUGUGGGGUUACCAAGUACUUAUGGAGUAGCAAUGCUAGAAACCAGCACUAAACACCCGUUUCCCAAGAUCAAAGGAGUCAAGGUUUGUAUUCCCAUCGAUCUCUCGAUCCCACCGAUCUACCAACAUCCCCGAAGACCACCAAUUGCGCUUACGUCCAGAAUAGAGGAGAAGUUGAAUGCAUUACUGGCGAAUAACAUCAUUGAGCCUGUUGAAGGAGGAUGCCAAUGGGUGUCCCCGUUAGUUACUGUAGUGAAAGACAAUGGGGAUUUACGUUUGUCCGUGGAUAUGCGUAGGGCAAACGCUGCCAUUCUAAGAAAGAGGCAUUUGAUGCCUACGAUCGAGGAUUUCCUUUCUAGAUUUACCGGUGCAAAGUUUUUUAGCAGGCUAGACAUACAAGAGGCUUUUCAUAAAGUUGAAUUGGAAGAAGCCAGUCGAUACAUAACUACGUUUAUCACGCACAUGGGUUUAUUUCGAUACAAGCUCAUGUACGGAAUAGUCAUAGCACCGGAUACAGCGUAUUCUUGA